AUGUCGAAUCCCGCUCUUCAAGUUUAUGGUGGUGAUGAGAUAUCUGCUGUGAUCAUUGAUCCGGGCUCUUACACAACCAAUAUAGGGUACUCCGGAACUGAUUGCCCUCAAGUGAUCUUACCAUCAUGUUACGGGCAUUAUAAGAAUGAGGAACAAGGGAAAUCCAAGGUUUUCAACGAGCAAUCGAUUGGGAUUCCAAGACCAGAUUACGAAAUUAAACGAAUUUUGGAAAAUGGUUCAGUGGUAGAUUGGGAUGCAGCUCAAGAACAAUGGUCAUGGGCUAUCCACGAUGAAUUGAAAUUCGAAUCGACCAAAGGCAUACCAGCAUUUUUAAGUGAACCAAUUUGGAACACAGAUGCUAAUCGCAAAAAAUCUUUAGAGGUGUUGCUGGAAAGUAUGGAUUUCGAAGCCUGCUACUUAGCGCCUACUGCAACUUGUACUUCUUUUGCUAUGGGGAGGCCCACUUGUCUGGUGGUUGAUAUCGGGCAUGAUGUGAGCAGUGUCUGUCCAGUUGUGGAUGGUAUGACACUUUCAAAGAGUUCUACCCGAAACUUCUUGGCUGGUAAGUUUUUGAAUGCAUUGGUCGAAAAAAAACUUGAACCUCGAGAAGUAAUACCGUUGUUCAAAGUAGCAAAAAGGCGCCCUGAAUUCAUAGCCAAACAUUUUGACUAUGCGAUCGACCACUCCUUAAACGAUUUUGCCAACAGCACUGGAUUCUUCCAAGAAUUUAAAGAAACCCUGUUCCAAGUGGCGCCCAUAAAUCUCGAAAAAUUCAAACCUGAAUUAGAAAAUGCAGCUAAGAGAUCUAUCGAGGCUCCUUGGGGGGAACAUAUUGUAUUCGACAGUUACACACGAUAUGGUUUUGCGGAGCAAUUGUUUAAACCCCGCAAAGAAGAUUUACCUCAAGGAUGGCCCGAAUCUAUUGAUGGCGUGGUUGAGACCUGGCACAAUGAUUACGUCCCAUUGAAAAGAACCAAGCCCGGUACUAAUAGUAAGGAUAAGGAGGGUACGUCUGAAUCUACACCGGCUCCCGAUGAUGUUAAUGGAAGCGUUUCUUCAGAUUUGCCGAAUGAGAAUGGUAAGCGCCCAGUUGAAGACACACCGGAAGAAACCAAAAACCCCAUUGCCGGCCUAGCAGAUUUAGUUUACGGUGCGAUAAUGGCAACUGACGUUGAUCUGCGGGCUACUUUGGCUCACAAUGUUGUUGUUACUGGUGGCACCUCUUCGAUCACAGGAUUAACCGAUAGACUCAUGACGGAAUUAAACAAAAAAUUACCUGCAUUAAAAUUCAGAAUUCUCACCACGGGCCAUCCAAGAGAGAGGCAGUAUCAAUCUUGGUUGGGAGGUAGCAUUCUUUCUAGCCUGGGUACGUUUCACCAACUUUGGGUAGGUAAGCAAGAAUACGCGGAAGUCGGAGCUGAUCGACUCUUAAAAGAUAGGUUUAGGUAA